CUGCAAGGCGGAGAGGUACUAUGUAAUGACAGAAGCGCAGGAAGUAACGACGCGAUGGAACCUGUCAAUUAAAUGCGGUCAAACAACUCAUAGUUGCUUUUGCCCUUCCCACAACUACAACUCCCUCUCUUAUCACAAAUUAUUACGACAUCACAAUUACAAUCAUAGUCCAAUCAAUAGUGCAGUCGCGAAAUAACUACAUGUUGAUUCAUUCGUCUUUUUCUUCUUUCUUCCUUACUUUUAUCACAUGUCUUAAUUUGAAUCUCACCCCAUCUGUAUAGUGUAAUAAUAUACUCUCAUCAUGCCGCGAUCUAUUGAUCAUUUCAAAGGUGACGCAUCACGACCACCCGGUAAACCUCAAAAACCGGCCCAGAGUAAACCCUCGACACCUCCGCAAUGGCUAAAUAUCUAUGGCGACUUUAUCACGAAGAACGCCCAUCAAGUUUCCCAGAUCGAGAGCGCAUUACGAUCCCUGACGUAUAUUAUACCCGGCCGAUUUCGUGACGCUGAGAUCGCCUCGGAGACCCUACACUCGGGUAUCCAACUACUGUCCCUCUAUCACGAUGCCGUCCUCCGAGGCGCUGUAACGAAAAUCCCCGCGCUGGCUUCCAAAAUACCAAGCCCGCAUACCCGCUACACCAGAUUUUGGACAGGAAAGAGCAGGUUGUAUCGCAGAAUAGCCCUGUUGCUACAGAUCGUUCAGUAUACUGAGCUAUUAUGGGAGAUGGCCGCCAAACGCAAAGGGGAGAAAGUUCGUUGGCGUGUCAUCAUCCUCUUGGAGGCUAUUAAAGCCUUCUGUCGCCUGUUAUUAAUGAGAGUCACCAAUUCAAGACCGCUCGUUACACCACCACUACCGGAGCGAGAGCCGAUUCCCCCAGAAAUAGACGAAAACGACGAUGCAGCCCUAAAAGAGCUAAUGGGCGAAGACACUUCCUCCGUAGAGAUGGAUGAAUCUGCAAAGAGUGCCCACGAGAAAGAAUGGACGAUGCCACGAACCGGCGCCAGUCUUCCAAGUCUACCAAAUCCUGGAGAUAUCAGCUCUUAUUUGAUGAGCCGGGUCUUGACAGCAGACGAUAUCAAGCCCGCGGCAAAGCUUCUAAACACGCUAUCUCGCUCUGGGCAGACCGCCGAGAUAUUACACAUUCUCGCCCCCUUGGUAUACGCCAUUGCAUUAUCAAGGUCCAAAAAUAAGAAAUCUUGGACGCCUUGGAUACUCGGGUUUAGUAUGGAAUACGCAGCGCGACAGUUACGUGAUCGGGGUUUACGCAGCACUGCUCUAGAGAACGAAGAAUGGGGUAAGAGGUAUUGGGCAGCCGGUUGGUGGAUUAUGAGGGGUGCUUUCUAUGAGCAUUUCACCAAGGGCCUUAUAGAUGGAGUGCGUCGUCGUAUGCCUAGCCUGGUCGCUGGCAUAUUGGAAGACUACCAGUAUCUGUGGGAUAAUUAUUACUUCAGCACCAGCCCUUGAUGGAUCCAAUGAAGACCGAUUCACACUGGUAUCUCGCGGCUCGAGUUGGACUUGUCCCAAGUCUCCAAUAAUUACAUAUCACUGUGGGCUCUUUUCCUAUUCCAUACGACGAUACCCGCCAAACACGCCGAUUAUAUCCGCGAUGCACGCCAGGUUUAAAUUCUGGCGUCAGCUUCGUGGAUAAGUACCUAAGUGAAGGCUUAAAUUUCAACACUCAUCCGAAAACUCUGGCCUCCGGACGUAUUCGCAAUAUUUCCCUUUAUCAUCUCUUCAUAUACGACAUACCAAUAAUUAACGAUUGCAUAUCAGUCGACAUCGAACAAUAAGCCAUUACGUUGACGCUCGCCUAAUUUAAAUACCUACUCGUAAGGCAUUUGAGCGAACUUGUUAACGAUGUUCGUUUGCCAGAGUUCCCCGACAUGAUUUAGGUACCCAGGCACAAUGCGUAUGAGAAAAGAAUACAGGACCAGAGACGCAGGAAUUGGAUGUUGAAAGUACUGCGGUCAAGUUUAGCCCCUGAUUUAUCUCAAUAGAGAAACAUUAUAGUAUUCAGUAAUCCUUUUAGGUAUCAGGAGCGAGUUGUAAGAUUAGUAGUAGGGAACAUAUUUAGGUUGAUACCCUAGAUCGUUUCUAGACGCAAUAGAACUGCCGAUGCGCCU